AGCAGGUCUCCCAUAAAGGCGCCUGUCGCUGCCGGCUAGUGGCCGCCGCCAUUAGGGCGAGAGCUGGCGGCGACGGUCGGUGAAGGACUGCUACCUCGCACCGCUUCAUCUUGUGCAAGCUGGAGGGGACGAUCAGAUAAGGUUUUUUUUUUUACCAAAGGUGACAGAGCCUCUACCUGGAGCAUUGCUUUGGGAUCCGGGCCCUCGGCGGGACCCUGAGUAGGAAACAGCCGUUUUUUUCUCUUCUCCCCUCCCCCAUCAACACUGCGACUGGCGAGGCAGUUGGGAGGCCAUACCGGUGCGUGCGUUGCUGCCCAGGAUGCUCCGGUGUGAGGUACAGAAGAGAGAAGAUUGAGGCUUCAAGGAGACAAUAAGAUCAAGAGAAGAAUUUUUAAGGAGACUUGAGAAAGUGUAUAUGGAGGGAACUUACAGACUUUUCCUGUUAAGACCUCAGUUUGUGUUUUAGAAAGGCAGAAGAAAUACUGUGAAAUUUUAAAUACCUUAAAUCAUCCAAAACUAAGGCAUACAUAAUGAAAGAACUCUUAGUACUUACAUAGAAAAAGGACGUGUAUUUGUAGGCAACAUUGUACUAUCAGUGUUUGACGCAGUUAAGAAUGUCUCUGUCAAGUCGACAAACAGCAAUUGUUAACCCUCCACCACCAGAAUAUGUAAAUACUAAGAAAAAUGGGCGAUUGACAAAUCAACUGCAGUAUCUACAAAAAGUUGUCCUGAAGGCUUUAUGGAGGCAUAAUUUUUCCUGGCCUUUUCAGCAGCCUGUCGAUGCUGUGAAACUAAAGUUGCCUGAUUAUUACACCAUUAUAAAAACCCCAAUGGAUUUAAAUACAAUUAAGAAGCGCUUAGAACAUAAAUAUUAUAUGAAGGCUUCAGAGUGUAUAGAAGACUUCAACAUAAUGUUCUCAAAUUGCUAUUUAUACAACAAGCCUGGAGAUGACAUUGUUCUUAUGGCACAAGCCCUAGAGAAGUUGUUUAGGCAGAAAUUAUCUCAGAUGCCACAAGAAGAACAAAUUAUACGUGGUAAGGAAAGAAUAAAGAAAGGGAUUCAACAUAAUGUAGGAGUUCCUUCUGGUAAAGAAAAACAAUCCCCAAAAGCACUGGACAAAGUAUUUAAGCAGCAAGUGUCCUCUGUAUUUCCUAAGACAUCUAUUUCUCCUUCAAACAUGUCACAAGGUACUCUGUUCAACACUACCUCACAAACAGUGGCCCAAGUUACAAGGGGUGUGAAGAGGAAAGCAGAUACCACGACUCCUACAACUUCAGUAGUUAAAGCAAGUGGUGAAUCUUCCCCAACACUUGCAGAAAAAAAAUCAGUGAAAAUGCCACCUAUGAAAGAAAAUGUGCUGAAGACUGUUUUGCCGGAUUCUCAGCAACUAUGUAAAGUCAUAAAGAGUGUUGAAGUGACCGAACAAUUAAGGCACUGUAGUGAGAUUCUUAAAGAAAUGCUUGCAAAGAAACACUUGUCCUAUGCAUGGCCCUUUUAUAAUCCUGUUGAUGUUAAUGCUUUGGGGCUCCAUAAUUACUAUGAUAUUGUGAAAAAUCCAAUGGAUCUUGGAACUAUUAAGGGAAAAAUGGACAACCAAGAAUAUAAAGAUGCAUAUGAAUUUGCGGCAGAUGUUAGAUUAAUGUUCAUGAAUUGCUACAAGUACAAUCCUCCAGACCAUGAAGUAGUGACAAUGGCAAGAACACUCCAGGAUGUCUUUGAAAUGCAUUUUGCAAAGAUCCCAGAUGAACCUGUUGAGAGUAUGCCUGUAUGCUACAUCAAAACAGAUACCACAGAAGUCCAUGAUAGAGAAAGCAGAAGUGAAGCUUCCUCUGAAGAUAACUCUUCUGGUGAUUCUGAAGAUGAACGAGUUCAACGUCUUGCAAAACUUCAGGAGCAGCUGAAAGCUGUUCAUCAACAGCUACAAGUUCUAUCCCAAGUACCUUUCCGUAAGCUAAAGAAAAAGAAUAAGUCUAAAAGGGAAAAGAAGAAAGAAAAGGUUAAUAACAGAGAUGAAAAUCCAAGGAAAAAGUUUAAGCAAAUGAAAUUAAAGGAAAAGUCUAAAAGCAAUCAGCCAAAGAGGAAACAGCAGGUGUUGGCUCUGAAACCUGAAGAUGAUGCUAAUGCUAAACCUAUGAACUAUGAUGAGAAAAGGCAGUUAAGCUUGGAUAUAAACAAACUCCCUGGAGAUAAACUUGGGCGGGUUGUUCAUAUAAUACAAUCAAGAGAGCCUUCACUGAGAAAUUCCAACCCUGAUGAGAUAGAGAUAGACUUUGAAACACUAAAAGCAUCAACACUGCGAGAACUAGAAAAGUAUGUUGCUGCGUGUCUAAGAAAAAGACCACUAAAGCCUCAUGGUAAGAAGAUAAUGAAGUCCAGAGAAGAAUUUCAAUCACAGAAAAAACGGGAGUUGGAAAAGCGGUUACUAGAGGUCAAUAAUCAGUUAAACUGUAGAAAACGUCAACCAAAAUCUGAGAAGACGCAGUCAUCCAAGGCUGUUGAAAGUGGUUCCCGAUUAAGCGAAAGCAGUAGCAGCAGCAGCAGCAGCAGCGGCAGCGGCAGCGGCAGCAGCAGCAGCUCCUCGGAGACUGAAAGCAGUAGCAGUGAUUCAGGCUCCUCAGACAGCAGUGAUUCUGAAUCAGAAAUGUUUCCUAAAUUUACUGAAGCAAAACAGAAUGAUUCUCCUAAAGAACAAGUAAAGAUACAGUCUUCUGUACAAGAUGAAGCCUCUGCAAAAACUACCCUUUUUUGUCAGACUUCAUAUUCAUGUGAAACACCACCAGAUCACUAUCAGUUAGCAUUUAAUCAUCAAGAAUUAGAACAUUUACACAGUGUGAAAAACAUUUCAUCUUUACAAAUUCUGCCUCCUUCAGGUGAUUGUGAACAACAUUUGAAUGGCCUAACUAUGAUGCAUCAGUCUGGUGAUAAUGACACAACGGUGUUAGAAUCUGAAGGUCCAGUACCUGUGCAGAAGGAUAUAAAGAUCAAGAAUGCAGACUCUUGGAAAAGUUUAGGCAAACCAGUCAAAACAUCAGGUGUACUAAAGUCCUCAGAUGAGCUCUUCAACCAAUUUAGAAAAGCAGCAAUAGAAAAAGAAGUAAAAGCUCGAACACAGGAACUAAUUCGGAAACAUGUGGAACAAAAUACAAAGGAAACAAAAGUAUUGCAAGAAAAUCAGAGGGACCUUGGCUGCAUUCAACAAUCUUUUUCAAAUAAAAUGCAAAACCAGUGCCUUGGAAAAGAGCAGAAAGAACAUCAGCAGUCUUUGGAAACUCAAGAUAAAUACAAACUCUUGCUUCUCAAAGACCGUAAUUUAGCAAGGGAGAAAGAGCAAGAGCGGAGGAGGAGAGAAGCAAUGGCUGGUACCAUUGACAUGACUCUUCAAAGCGAUAUUAUGACAAUGUUUGAAAACAACUUUGAUUAAAACUUUUUAAAUUAACCAUCAGCUUAAAAUGAAUGAUUUAAAAGAUUAAAAUGCAUAUGGUAAAAUGAUUGCUUUCAAACACCAGGAUACCAAUCUUAUAUUGUAUUUUUGACUGCUCUAAAAUGAUUAAACAAUUUUCACUAUAUUUUUUAAUAGCUAUAUGUUCAUUUUCUAAAUGGUGUAAUUUACAGGAAAUUUUAUAAUUUUGAAUCCCUAAAAAUUGAAUAAAUUCCCAGAUUUUAUUUAUUUUAUAAAUAAUAGUCUGCUAUGUAUUAUAGGCCUGUAUAAGCAAUGAAAAUCCGAAAGAGAUAGCCCCUUGUUUAAAAAUGAAAA